CAUAAGUGCAAUGACAGAUUUAGUUUUCCUGGUAGAUGGUUCAUGGAGUGUAGGGAGAAAUAACUUCAGAUAUAUUCUGGACUUCAUGGUGGCCCUUGUAUCAGCUUUUGACAUUGGGGAAGAAAAGACGAGAGUUGGAGUUGUUCAGUACAGUUCAGAUACAAGAACAGAGUUCAAUUUAAAUCAGUAUUUCAGGAGAAGUGAUCUUAUUGAUGCAAUUAAAAGGAUACCUUACAAAGGUGGCAACACAAUGACAGGUGAGGCUAUUGAUUACCUCGUUCAAAACACCUUCACUGAGUCUGGUGGAGCAAGAAAAGGCUUUCCCAAAGUAGCAAUUGUCAUUACGGAUGGAAAAGCUCAAGAUGAAGUUGAAAUUCCUGCAAGAGAGCUUCGCAACAUAGGAGUUGAAGUUUUUUCUUUGGGAAUCAAAGCAGCAGAUGCAAAGGAACUCAAGCUAAUUGCAUCUCAGCCGUCACUGAAGCAUGUGUUCAAUGUGGCUAAUUUUGAUGGAAUUGUGGAUAUACAGAAUGAAAUCAUCUUGCAAGUGUGCUCUGGUGUUGAUGAACAACUAGGUGAAUUGGUUAGUGGAGAAGAAGUGGUGGAGCCUCCUUCAAAUCUGGUGGCCACUCAGAUCUCCUCAAAAUCUGUUAGGAUCACUUGGGAUCCAUCCACAAGCCAAAUAACUGGCUAUCGGCUGCAGUUCAUUCCAAUGAUAGCUGGUGGAAAACAACAUGUACUGAGUGUGGGUCCUCAGACUACUGCUCUUAAUGUUAAAGAUCUCUCUCCAGACACAGAAUAUCAAAUUAAUGUUUAUGCAAUGAAAGGACUGACCCCCAGUGAGCCAAUAACGAUAAUGGAAAAAACACAACAAGUAAAAGUUCAAGUGGAAUGCUCACGUGGAGUGGAUGUAAAAGCUGAUGUUGUGUUUUUAGUGGAUGGUUCCUACAGCAUUGGUAUCGCCAAUUUUGUUAAAGUAAGAGCCUUUUUGGAAGUGUUAGUUAAAAGCUUUGAGAUAUCGCCUCGAAAAGUACAGAUAAGUCUUGUCCAGUACAGCAGAGAUCCCCAUAUGGAGUUUUCUUUGAACAGAUACAACAGAGUGGAAGACAUAAUUCAGGCUAUUAACACCUUCCCCUACAGAGGUGGAUCUACCAACACAGGCAAAGCGAUGACAUAUGUGAGGGAGAAAGUAUUUGUUACCAGCAAAGGAUCAAGACCAAAUGUGCCGAGAGUCAUGAUUCUUAUUACUGAUGGAAAAUCGUCAGACGCUUUUAAAGAACCUGCAAUAAAGCUGAGGGAUGCAGAUGUAGAAAUAUUUGCAGUUGGUGUGAAGGAUGCAGUGCGCACGGAGUUAGAAGCAAUUGCAUCACCUCCAAGAGUGGAAGAUUUUGAUGCUUUUCAAAGAAUAUCAUUUGAACUUACACAGUCUGUGUGCCUACGGAUUGAGCAGGAACUGGCUGCUAUAAGGAAAAAAUCUUACGUACCUGCAAAGAAUAUGGUCUUUUCUGAUGUAACAUCUGACAGUUUCAAAGUGAGCUGGUCUCCAGCUGGAUCUGAGGUUUUGUCCUAUCUCAUUAAAUAUAAAGUAGCAGUCAGUGGAGAUGAAUUCAUUGUUUCAGUACCAGCUUCAAGUACUAGCUCAGUUCUCACCAACCUGCUACCUGAAACUACUUACGCAGUCAGUGUGAUUUCUGAAUAUGAAGAUGGUGAUGGCCCUCCCUUGGAUGGAGAGGAAACCACCUUAGAAGUUAAAGGUGCUCCUCGAAACUUAAGGAUAACAGAUGAAACUACUGACAGCUUUGUAGUUGGCUGGGCUCCAGCUCCAGGAAAUGUCCUACGGUACAGGCUUGUGUAUAGACCACUUACUGGAGGAGAAAGGAGACAAGUGACUGUCUCAGCAAAUGAUAGAUCAACUACUCUGCAGAACUUGAUCCAAGAUACAAGAUAUGAAGUGUCUGUUAUUCCUGAGUAUCAGUCUGGGCCUGGAAAUUCAUUGAAUGGAUAUGCAAAGACUGAUGAAGUCCGAGGAAAUCCAAGAAAUUUGAGAGUUUCUGAUGCUACAACAUCAACAAUGAAGCUGUCUUGGAGUGCUGCUCCUGGCAAAGUGCAGCAGUACUUUAUAACAUACACUCCAGUCACAGGAGGUGAAACAAAGGAAGUGACUGUGAAAGGUGACACUACCUCUAAAGUGCUGAAAGGCUUAGACCAAGCCACUAGGUAUGCAUUGACUGUGUCUGCCUUGUAUGCCUCUGGAGCAGGAGAGGCCCUUUCUGGAGAGGGAGAAACACUUGAAGAACGUGGUUCACCACGUAAUUUGGUUACCACAGACAUAACUGACACUACAGUUGGGUUAUCAUGGACACCAGCUCCAGGAGCAGUUAAUGAUUAUAGGAUAGUAUGGAAAUCACUUUAUGAUGAUACGAUGGGAGAGAAGAGGGUCCCUGGAAAUACAGUGGAUGCUGUGCUAGAAGGCUUGGAGCCAGAGACUAAAUACAGGAUUUCAGUAUAUGCAACCUACAGCAGUGGAGAGGGAGACCCAGUAGAAGGAGAGGCUUUUACUGACGUGUCACCAAAUGCCAGGACUGUGACAGUAGACAACGAGACAGAAAAUACAAUGAGAGUUACAUGGCAGCCUUCACCUGGGAAAGUCUUGUCUUAUCGUGUGUACUACCGACCACGCAGUGGAGGAAGACAGAUGUUUGGAAGAGUAAACGCUCCUGCUACAAGCAUAGUGUUAAAGCGACUUAAGCCACGAACUACAUACGACCUCAGUGUUGUUCCAAUUUAUGAUUUUGGACAAGGAAAAUCAAGAAAAGCAGAAGGAACAACAGCCUCUCCCUUUAAGCCACCUCGAAAUCUGAGAACUUCUGAUUCAACUAUGUCCAGUUUCCGAGUAACCUGGGAGCCAGCCCCAGGGCGAGUGAAGGGGUACAAAGUAACUUUCCACCCUACUGAAGAUGACGGGAGUCUUGGAGAAUUAAUAGUGGGGCCGUAUGACAGCACAGUGGUAUUGGAGGAGCUUAGGGCAGGAACUACCUAUAAGGUAAAUGUUUUUGGAAUGUUUGAAGGAGGAGAGAGCAGCCCCCUGGUUGGACAAGAGAUGACCACCCUUUCAGAUACUACUUCGGAGCCAUUUUUAUCUAGAGGUUUAGAAUGUAGAACCAGAGCAGAAGCUGAUAUCGUGCUGCUGGUGGACGGCUCAUGGAGUAUCGGGCGUCCAAAUUUUAAAACUGUCAGGAACUUCAUUGCCCGUAUUGUUGAAGUUUUUGAUAUUGGUCCUGACAAAGUACAGAUUGGUCUUGCACAGUAUAGUGGAGAUCCCAGGACAGAAUGGAAUCUCAACGCUUACCGAACCAAACAGGCUUUGUUAGAGGCUGUAGCCAACUUACCAUAUAAAGGAGGCAAUACUCUAACAGGAAUGGCCUUGGAUUUCAUCUUAAAAAACAACUUCAAACAAGAUGCAGGCUUAAGACCCAGAGCUCGCAAAAUUGGUGUUCUCAUCACUGAUGGCAAAUCACAAGAUGAUGUAGUCACCCCUUCAAGAAGACUCAGAGAUGAGGGAGUGGAACUUUAUGCAAUUGGUAUUAAAAAUGCAGAUGAAAAUGAAUUGAAGCAGAUUGCAACGGAUCCAGAUGACAUUCAUGCUUACAAUGUUGCAGAUUUCUCCUUCCUGGCUAGCAUUGUUGAUGAUGUAACCACAAAUCUGUGUAACAGUGUGAAAGGUCCAGGUGAUUUGCCACCUCCCUCUAACCUAGUUAUUUCAGAAGUGACACCUCGUUCUUUCAGACUGAGAUGGAGUCCACCUCCUGAGAGUGUUGAUAGAUACAGAGUUGAAUAUUACCCCACCUCUGGAGGUAGCCCUCAACAGUUUUAUGUAAGCAGGAUGGAAACAACGACAGUUCUGAAAGAUCUGAAACCUGAAACAGAGUAUGUUGUUAACGUGUUUUCUGUGGUAGAAGAUGAAAGCAGUGAACCUCUAAUCGGCAGGGAAACAACUUUGCCAAUUUCUUCAGUUAGAAAUUUGAAUGUUUAUGACAUUGGAUCAACUUCCAUGCAAGUGAGAUGGGAACCUCUCAAUGGAGCUACUGGUUAUUUGUUAACAUAUGAACCUGUGAAUGCCACAGUCCCAACCGCAGAGAAAGAAAUGCGUGUUGGACCAUCAGUGAAUGAGGUGCAGCUGGUAGAUCUCAUCCCCAAUACUGAGUACACUUUAACAGCUUACGUAUUGUUUGGUGAUAUCACCAGUGACCCACUCACCACCCAGGAAGUGACAUUACCUUUGCCUGGACCUAGAGGCUUAACAAUUCAGGAUGUUACUCACAGCAGCAUGAAUGUCCUUUGGGAUCCGGCCCCAGGGAAAGUUCGAAAAUACAUCCUAAGAUACAAAAUAGCUGAUGAAGCUGAUGUAAAGGAGGUGGAAAUCGACAGACUCCAAACCAGCACUACUCUCUCUGACCUUUCCUCCCAAACACUGUAUAAUGUAAAAGUUGUUGCUGUAUACGAUGAAGGGGAAUCCCUACCAAUAAAUGCAGAAGCUGUCACUCAGCCUGUACCAGCACCAGUCAAUCUCAGAAUCACAGAUGUAACCACUAAUAGUUUCAGAGGAACUUGGGAUCAUGGAGCUCCAGAUGUCUCUCUCUAUAGAAUAACCUGGGGACCCUAUGGAAGGUCGGAAAAACAGGAGACUAUCUUAAAUGGAGAUGAGAAUAGUUUGGUCUUUGAAAAUUUGAAUCCAGAUAUCUUAUAUGAUGUCUCAGUUACUGCCAUCUAUCCUGAUGAAUCAGAAAGUGAUGACCUCAUUGGCAGUGAACGAACACUACCCUUGGUGCCUAUCACCACACAAGCCCCAAAGAGUGGCCCACGAAACCUUCAGGUGUACAAUGCAACUUCACACAGUUUGACUGUGAAGUGGGAUCCUGCCAGUGGUCGAGUGCAGAGAUACAGGAUCGUUUACCAGCCUAUCAGUGGGGACGGCCCUGAACAGUCG